UUCCCCUUCCCCACCACAUCGUCAAUGUAACUCCAGCUCGACACAUCUGUUCAAGAACCCUUAGGUCUGCUUUCGUCCAACCACAGCCCUCGAUCAACACACGUCCCUCACACAGCGACACCUACAGGAUCAAAACCUAUAGCAUCAUUCCCUAUCCACGGCCAACCUGCCUGUCCAUCCCCUCCCUCUCGACUCCAUGACUGACUCCGUGCUUGACUCCAUCGUCGGGCCUGUCUACUCUUCCCGCCACUAGUCACGCAACCUCUUCCCUCGAACCUCUCGUGCUGUGCGCCUGUUAGUUGAUCACAUGUUGCAACCACAGCUGCCUGCUCUCUGGUCUGCUUCAUAAUUCGCCCGCCCUACCUGCUACGGUAAACCGAUCGUUAAACCGAUCACCGCCCGCCGCAGACGAGUCCCCUUUUGGACUACCUACUUUAGGGUUCUCAGUCAAAAAGUAUCCAGAGAAACUGUCGGAUAAAAAAGAGAGAUUGGCCCUUUCGACUAACCUAACGCUUUAUCCUUGAAGAGUAGCCGAAGCAUUACGGCGAAUUGCUUUUCGCAACGAUAUUCAGCACUACCCUAUACAUACCUUUGCCGAGAUGGCUGUUUCUAGUCACCCAGCUUCAAUACCACCCGGCAAAUCGGACGGCACUCAGACCGACGAUGAAGCUCCUCUUACGCCAGAUGACACCACUGGCCAGUCGCCGACAUCCUCACCCGCUCAGCACGCUGUCUGCGACACGCCUACGCUCGGUGAUGCAUCCAGGCACUCCCCGCCGUUAUCGCGUUCCCACUCUUUCUCUGGUAGUAGUAGCUCGUACCACGAGGAUUGGGACUCAUUUCCUCCACUGGAUCGUCUCACUGUGCUUGACCUCCUCGAUAACUUUGCUCUGACGCAACAGCUGGAGAAGUUACAGAGGGGCAUCUCUGCGCAGACGGAGAAAGUCCGAAAGUCGCGGGCUGCUCUGAAGUCCAAGGGCCAGGUGGCUCGGGAGCGCAUGGUGGAGGAAUGGCGACGACGGGUGCCCUCGGCUGACGAACAGCUUGAAAGGUAUAGGAAACGUAUGAAAGUGAGCGUCGAGAAGCUUGGCAGGCAGUGGAACGACACCAAGGUCAUUACCCUUCGUGAAAAAGUGUCUUUCAUCUGUGGCGUCAUGAACAUCUUCAUCAGCGGCUACCUGAUCGGCGCUUAUCCCGAAUGGUUCCACAUAUGGUACUCGAUCCAAUUUCUCUAUUUCAUGCCCAUUCGAUACUACACCUACCAUCGGCGUGGCUACCACUACUUCCUAGCUGACCUAUGUUAUUUUGUCAACUUCCUGCUGUUCGCAAGUCUCUGGCUCUUCCCCUCCUCUAAGCGCCUUUUCAUCGCUGCGUAUUGUCUUGCAUUUGGCAACAAUGCUGUCGCUAUUAUCAUGUGGCGUAAUUCGCUAGUGUUCCACGACUUUGACAAGGUCACGUCCUUGUUCAUUCAUAUCAUGCCGUGCGCAACGCUCCAUUGCAUCGUCCACCUAAUUUCAUCCGAAGAGCAGCGUCAUCGCUUUCCUGCGCUGUGGACAGUCAAAACGUCGCCGCCGGGCUCCCCCACAGCUUACAGCAACGUCAUCUCCAUGAUCCUAUGGUCUACCAUACCUUACGCCGUCUGGCAGCUAAGCUAUUACGUCUUCAUUACCGUCCGCCGCCGCGAGAAGAUCGCGGCCGGUCGACCUACCUCUUUCACGUGGCUACGGCGCUCAUACUCCAAGGUGUGGAUCGGGAAAAUCGUGCUUUCGCUGCCCGAGGGUCUGCAGGAGCCUGCGUUUAUGAUGAUUCAGUAUCUGUACGCAGUUCUCACUAUGCUACCGUGUUCGUUGUGGUUCUACAGCCGAUGGGCGUCUGCCGGCUUCCUUAUGGUUGUCUUCACGUGGAGUAUUUACAAUGGCUCAACCUACUAUAUCGAUGUUUUUGGGAAGCGAUUCCAGAAAGAGCUCGAGGCGAUGAAGGCCGAGGUCGCAAAAUGGCAAUCCAGCCCCGACCUCAUGCUUCACUCACCAGUCUUGACGCCAACAGGAGGGCUCGAAGAUGAGUCAAAACAAAUUGCUGGUAAUGCUCCUUUGCAUAGUGGGAGCGUGGAUAAGCCUCUCCGUGUUGAGGACCCGGCGAGUGGCAGACGCCUGUCCGUAGAUCAGAUUCCACUGUUAAACGACGAGCAAUCAGCCGACAUCCCGAAACAUUCCAAGACAACAGCUACGACUACCGGGGUAGAUGGUGGCCAGGAUGUAGCGCGUGAACGAAGAGCAGGUAAUAGCAUGUAGUCAACCAUCUACAUCUCUUUCUGAACAAGAAAAAGGAAGGCUUUGUCUAACAAAUAUCGCGAAGAUAAUAGCCUUACCAUGUCUACAUUUCCCUAAAAGGAAAUAGACGCGGCUCUAAACCACAGCGUUUGACAGCUCCGUGCUGGCUUGGCAUCAGAUGGUUUGUGAUGGAUCCAAUCUUUACCCUCUGAAAUUGAAGGGACAAUGAAUGGAUUUCAAAUUUUGGUUCGGUUUGGUUUUGGUGGUGAUGUCCUGGGUCUGGACAAAUCUUCGAUACCCCUUGUCGUCUUUUCUCUCUCCUUAUUAUAUGCCUAGUUUUCCCAAUUCCAACAAACAGUCGAUUAUAGAACAAUAGCACAGCACGGCGUCUCGGAUACGCCACUUGGCUUCUUUUAUUUCUCCAUGUAAGACGUUUCUGUUUGUUUUCAGCAAAGCGAGCUUGUGAGGCGGAGAGCGCUGCUAUUCGAUUCUACAGAAGGGUCAUAUCAAUAGUUGUAUUAGUGUCUAAUUGUGUGAAGUGAAGGGUUCUAUAGAAAUGAAUUAUUAAUACUUGAAAAGCGCAAGUACCAUCUGUUUAUAUAUGAACGGCGCAUUACAUGCCUUUUACUCGUC